CUGCCGGGCCGGACUCAUCGAGGGGCAGGGGAAAGUGUAAAGUGAUACUACAACGGCCCCUUCUGAGUUCUCCUCGGGAAGAACAAAAGACCCACCACACCCCCUUCCCCUAUUCUCUGCUUAACACUGAAAGCUGAGUCUUCUUAUCACUUACAGGAAGCGGAAUGCCCCAGUCUUAGGACUCCAGCGAAGAGCGGAUUGGGUGGGUCGGGUGGAAGAAGGGACAAAGCGGGAACGAAAGCUCGCUGGCUUGGCCGCGCAGCCUGUUUGAAUCGUGCUCGUGUCUGACCCAUGGCCGCCCCCAGCCCCAGGAAGAAGCUUAGGUACGAAGCGACAUGCCCUAUUUGCAUGGACUUUUUCACGGCGCCAGUCAUCACAGGGUGCGGGCACAAUUUCUGCCGAGCCUGCAUCUCCCAGAGCUUGCGGGAUUCACCGGGCAACCAAGCUGCCUGCCCUCAGUGCCGAGGGAGAGUGCAAGUGUGGGACCUGAAGCCAAACAUUCAGCUGGGCAAUGUGGCCGGCAUAGUCAAAGAGUUAGAGGAGCAGGAGGAGGAAGAAGCGGGGAAGUGGCGGUUCUGUGAGACGCACCAGGAGCCCCUGAAGCUUUUCUGCAAAGAUGAUACAGCCCCCAUCUGCGUGGAGUGUGACCGAUCCGAGGAGCACUACCCUCACAAUGUGGUUCCUUUGGAGGAGGCGACCCGGGAGUACCAGGAUUGGGUUACUAGCAGCCUGGAGAAUGUGAGGAAGGAGCGAGAGAGAAUUCUCUCAUUUAAAGCAGUAUCGGAAGAAGCAAGCCAAGAAUUAAUUAAGCAAACAAAAGCAGAGAAGAUGAAGAUAGCGGUUGAGUUCAGACAACUACGCCUGUUCCUGAAGACACAAGAGAAACAUUUCCUGGCCCAGAUGGAAGAGCUGGAGGAGGAGAUGAAAAGGAAAAGAGCUGCACACCUGAGUGAACUCUCAGAGGAGCUCUCCUCUCUUGAAGGAACUAUCCGGGAGAUGAAAAAGGAAUGUCAGCAGCCAGCAGAUGACCUGUUGCAGGAUUUUAGAAGCACCUUGGAGAGUGGUGAAGAGGAGCGACUUGAUGAUCUACCCGCCUUUCCUCCUGCUCUGAAGUGGAGGAUGUGGGAGUGCCAUGAAAUAACUCCCUUCCUGAAGGGCAUCACGAAACAAUUCAAAGACAAUCUGGUAUCCAGACUUCAGCUACAGAAAGCAAAUGUGACUCUGGAUCCAGACACAGCUCACCCUCGACUCAAGCUGUCUGCGGAUUCCAAAAGCAUAAGAUGGGGAGACGAAAGGCAGGAGCUGCCUAACAAUCCGGAGAGAUUCACCGUGUCUCCUUGUGUGCUGGGAUGUGGGGGAUUCACAGCCGGCAGACAUUUCUGGGAAGUCAGUGUGGGAAGUGCAGAAGGAUGGGCGGUGGGAGUUGCCAGAACAUCUGUCUGUAGAAAGCUAGAUCAUCAUGGGGAAGGAAUCUGGGCUGUGGAGAAGUGGGCAGGUCAGUACAGGGCUUUUGGCCACCCUGUUCCAUUCUCUCUGUCCCUGAGUAGAGAGCCCGGGAGGAUCCGUGUGACUGUGAACUAUGAAGGGGGUCGUGUGGCCUUCUUUGAUGCCGAUUCAGCGGUCCCCAUCUACACAUACUCGGCCCCAUUCGCUGGAGAGAAGCUUUUCCCUUUCUUUUCUGUGUAUUAUAAAUCUCACUUGGCACUCUCUCCCUCACUGGCAGGAAGAGGAUCGCCCAGUCCUGGAUCAGAAAUGGGUGGGAGAGAGGAAACGGAAGCUGGAGGCACGCGGCACAGCCUGUUUGAAUCGUGCGGCGGCCGAGCCAUGGCUGCUCCCAGGAAAAAACUUAAAGUCGAAGUGACUUGCUCCGUUUGCAAGGAGCUUUUUGUAGACCCGGUAUUAACCGCGUGUGGGCACAAUUUUUGCCGGCUCUGCAUUUCCCAGUGCUGGGGGGAUUCGCCUUCAGAGGCUACUUGCCCUCAGUGCCGAGAGAGCAUCCCGCAGACGGGACUGAAGCCAAACAGGCAACUUGCUAAUGUGGCUGCGAUCAUCGAAGAGCUGAGUGUGCAGCCGAAGGAGCAAGAAGCAGGAAGGUGGAGAGUCUGCGAGAGGCACCAGGAGCCCCGGAAGCUUUUCUGCAAGGAGGACGAAGCCCCCAUCUGCGUGGUGUGCGACCGAUCCAAGCAGCACCGAGAGCACAACGUGCUUCCUGUGCAGGAGGCUGCCCAGGAGUACCAGGGUUGGCUCCAUAGCAGCCUGGAAAAUGUGAGGAAGAAGAGAGAGAAAAUUCUGGAAUAUAAAGUGAAAUCUCAAACAGCAAGUGAAAAGCUGCUUAAACAAACCAAAGCAGAGAAGCUGAAGGUAGUGGCUGAGUUCAACCAACUUCACUUGUUUCUGGAGACACAACAAAAAUGUUUGGUGGCUCAGUUGGAAGAGGUGGAGAAGGAGAUUGAAAGAAAAAGAGCUGCUGACAUGAACAAACUCUCGGAGGAGCUCUCCUCUCUUGAAAAGACCAUCCAGGAGAUGGAGCAGCAGUGUCAGCUGCCAGCAGGCGAACAGUUGCAGGAUGUUAAACGUGCCUUGCAGAGGCAAUAGAUCCCACCCUUCCCUCUUCAUGCCUAUGGUGUUGAGAAGGGUCUAGUCUCUAGAAUGUGUGGGGAAACAGCCUCCCAGACUCAUGGGGAAAGAACUGUAGGCUUCAUGUUUUCCAAGGAUUGUCUCACAACUGGCAAUUGUGCAGGAGUUAGUAAGAGUGGAACAGACUCACCUUUGCAACAGUAUGGUAGUGAGAAGGAGCCAUUUGGCAAUCUAGGGGCUUAUCCUCCAGCGCAGAAGUGGAGGGUCUGGGACUGCUGUGAUAUAUUUCCCUUCCUGGAGGGCAGCGUGAAACAAUUCAAAGAUAAUCUGAUAUCUGGACUUCAGCUACAGAAAGCAAACGUGACUCUGGAUCCAGAUACGGCUCAUCCUCAACUCAUCGUGUCCGAGGAUUGUACAAGUAUAAAACGGGGAGAUAGAAGACAAGAUCUGCCUGACAAUCCUGAGAGAUUCACCAUCUUUCCUUGGGUGUUGGGAUGGCAGAGAUUCACAGCUGGCAGACAUUGCUGGGAAGUCAGUGUGGGAAGUGAAGAAGGAUGGGCGGUGGGAGUUGCCAGAACAUCUGUGUGGAGAAAGAUUGGGUUUAGAUUUGGCCCCGAGGAAGGGAUUUGGGCUGUGGAGAAGCGAGGGGGUCAUUACAGGGCUUUCGGCUUCCCUAAAGCAAAUCCUCUGUCCCUGAGUGGAAAGCCCAAUAGGAUCCGUGUGACUGUGAACUAUGAAGGGGGACGGGUGGCCUUCUUUGAUGCUGAUUCAGCGGCCCCCAUCCACAUAUACUCAGCAUCAUUCUCUGGAGAGAAGCUUUCCCCUUUCUUUUCUGUGUAUUAUAAAUCCCACCUGAUACUCUCUCCCUGAGGCAGUCAAAAAGGUGGAGACAGACCUGCUUAAACUCUCUGUGGUUGCAAAUCAUGUACAGCCUCCUACUUAAAACAAAAUCCAAAAGAACUCGGAUUAAUAGAAUUAGAAAUUUGUUAAGAAUAAUUUUUAAGUAACCAUAAAAGCAUCAAUCAUUCAUUCAUACACACAAUCAUAAUGGCCGUCUUUGAUGCUGAUUCAGCAACCUUCAUCUAUACAUACUCAGUAGCCCCCUUCUCUAGAGAGAGUAUUUGCCCUUUAUUUUCUCUGUAUUAUAAUUGUAAGCUGAUUCUCUCUCACAGUCAAAACAUGGAGGCAGGCAUCUAUAAUCUUUUUGCAGUUGUGAAUCACGUACAGCCUCCUACUCAAGACCAGCCUCUGGAAAACCUUUCCCCCCUCUUUGCAGUCCAUCAGUGCAAAUUCAGUCAAUUAGAUUUGCAAAGCACUGAUUGACUAACCCUUCUGUCAACCAUGAAACAAUGUCCCUACUUUCUGUUGAGCAAAGCUGUGCACAGUGCUGACCAAAUGACAUCUCUAUCAAUCAUGGGACAACUUCGGCAUUUUCUCUAAGACAAGUCGUAAACUGCUGGCCUUGGGCCAGUCCUGAAGCCAAUUUCAGAAGUCAAAAAAGAGGAGGACUUAAGCAAUUAGUUUGGGCACUGGAAUUAGUUAAUUUUAUUAGUUAAUAGUUUAUUUUAUUUAGUUUAUAAUUAGUUUAUUUUUCAUUUAAGCAAUUUAAUUAUUUAGUUUAAGCAAUUUGUUUUAUUUAAAUACUGAGGAAGUAGAACACUCCAUUUAAGGAAAUUCACCUGCACGUGGUGACGUUUCUGGUUUCGGAGGGGAAACAAACAUCAGGCUGCUAUUAAAUCGAGCCAAUUCAAGGACUGUUAUUUCAAAGUGGAGAGGCACUCCUCUUUAUAUACUUCUGUAAAAUUAGCUGUAAUUAGCAGUGAAUUCACUUAAUUUCUAGAGAUAACACUAACACUUCAAUAAAAAAUAUCAAUGAAUAUAGUGUGAGGAGGUUUUACUAUGGGAAAUAUGCACUUGUUUGUUUGUUUUUUUUAAUUACAUUUUAUUGGUUUUAAAGGUACAAAUACAAAAAUUGGUUUUAAAAAAUACAAAGAUUCAAAGAUACAAAGAUGAAAGAAAAACAAGAAAUUAAUAUAGGAUCAAAGGAACAAUGCAUCUCCAAACUAACAAUAUCCAUGAAUAAAGACAGUUUUACAUACUUGUUUAACAAACUUAUAGUCCACAAAUAAAGUACAAUCUUAUCAUCAGAGUUGUCUAAUCUGACCAAACGUCCUUUAUAAACAAAAUCCAAGAGAGAGGGUAUGAUGAUGAAAAAAAUGGCAACUCUAUCAGUUAUGAACUUCAAAUUAAACCUGAAUCUCAUUGGUUUUUAUAUCAUUCAGGUACCCAACAUAUUAUCUCUCAAAGAGUAUUGGAUGAUUGCAUCAAGGCAAACUAAGAAAAAUAACAAAAAUGUUCAAAUUAGUAAAUAUAAAAAUCUUAUUUCCUACUAGACAAAGGAAAACUAGUAAGCUAAUAGUCUAUAAUGGAAUAGGAGGGAGGGGGAGCCUUUUAUCAUCAAUGAACCAGGCCAGUUGGUAAUGCUAUUAAACUAAAUAAAAAUAACAAAAUGAAGGAACAGGAAGAAGCCGUAACAUAAAAUCACCGAAGACUUUGUCAAUAAGCCAGUCCAAUUAGUAAGCCAGUGAAAACUAAAAAGAGAGAAGAUAACGCAGUUAAGACUUAUUUUGAAUCUAAAAACAUAUGUAUCCGAAUCUUUUUAACAUCAGAGAAGGGGUGAUAUAAAACCCAUCUGUACUUGAAGAGUUUGUGAAACGUUUAGCUGUAUCAAAGGUGGAAUGUGUGAUCUUUCCCCUAAAUCCUAUCAUGUAGUCAUUUCCAAGGUCUGAUAGAGUAACCUGCAGAUCUUCAGACAAUUGUUUUAUCAGUGCAACUAUCCUGCAAUGGAGCCUUGUGUUGUUCAGAUUUCACUGUCUUACUAGAAAUCAUCUGAGAUCUAACCUCUGAUCUGGUCUGAAACCCCUCCUGUUGAAGAGAUAACUUUGCAGUCAUACUGUCUAUUUGUGAGGAAAUCUUAUUUAGCUCUCGCAUAACUGAGAGAAAAAAUUGGUUAUAAGACAUCUUUUUAACAGACAUGUUAAAUGCUACUUAAAUUCCCUACUUUGUUUACCACCAAGCAGUUCCACAGGGAAUAAUAAUGUUCAAUACAUGUAUAAUCUUCAAAAAGCAAUUUCACAGAGGAGUUUCCUACAGAUUAAAGUAGGCCCAAACCGAAUUUCCUCUUAACAGUAGUACCAAGCAGAAUUGACAAGGGAAUACUUGGGCUUGACUAUACUUUGGUAAUGUAGAAUUCCCAAAUAAAGAGUUACCAAGUAAUAUUUACAGGGAAUGCAAGAGUUAAUACAAGAAUUUACCUAACAGUAUAGUUCCCCUACUAGUAUCAGGCACUAAAGACCAGAUUAACGCAUGUCUGUUAUUAUCUGACAAUUAAAAUAACACAAACUAUUUUCCCGAAGGGGAGAGGAAACAGUUAACAUAACCCCCCACUGUCCUCUGGCAAAUUUGAAUAUGCUGCGUUGGGAGGUUUCAGCUUUCUCAAGUCCUUUAUGAAAACAAACUGGAACCAGAUGUUCUGCUUCAAGAUAAGGAAAGAAGUUCUCAUGGAAAGAUAUAGCUCUAUACUAAUUGUUUAACAGAGUCUCAUAAACCCAUUCAAAGCAAUAAACCAUCGAAGAUUGCUUGGGUUGUAAACAACCGAGAAAGCUUGUUCUUUACCAGCGCCAUGCAAAAAAAGGGAAAUUAAAGAAAUCCAAUCCAACUUAAGUAAUAGCCUUCUGUAACAGUCAUAUAGUAUUAAAUAGUGUUCGUUACUCCAAAAUGAUUUAAGUUGUAAACUCUUAAGGAACAUAAAGUCAAUAACUAAAAACUGAGACUCCAGUCCUGUUCCAUUCGGUUGAUAACUUUAAUAAAGUUUAACAUCAGAGUCUUCAAGUAGCCUGGUUAAGACGGUUAAAGGUUUCAAUAUUCCUUUAAAGAUGAUCAUCUCAAAAGAAAACAUCCUUAGAUUGUAAUAAAAUAUUAAUCAUUGUUAAUCUGGUAAAAUGUAAUAAAGAGUUAAUCAUCGCCACAUUGCCAAAAUCCAGUUUCAGUUGAAAAUUUUAGUAGGAAUUUGACAUCAGAAUCCUCAGAUAGUUUGAUAAACACAAUUAAGGGCUUGAAUAAUCCAUGGACAAUCCAUAAAUGACAGUCAUCCAAAAAACAAAACAGAAACAACAUCUAACAACGCCAAUAAGUUGUAAUAAAAUGUUGAGCACUGUUAAUCCAGUGAGAUAUAGUAAAUUGUUCACUGUCCGUUAUAAUAAAAUGUUAAUCCUUAACAAACCAGAAAAAAAACAUAUUAAAAUGUUAAACAUUGACUCGUUACUCCAUUACCAAUUAAAUGUCUAACAAAAUUAAAGAUCAGCAAAUUAGUUAUGAACAAACCUUAGGUCUGCCUUUUGAUUAUUCGUCCUCUUGUUUAACUAAAGUAAAAAAAUCAGGUCCAUUUCAAAGUGUUAGAUAACUUGAAGGUUGCCUAAGUUGUAAAUCCUUAAUAUUAAGUGCUGUAGUUAACUGAAAAAUGAGUCUUCUAUGCUGUUCUGGGCGAUGAUUUCUUUGAUAGAAGUAACAUGAAUCCUCAGUUCAGGAAAAAGGGAAAAAAAGGAAAAAGAAAGUACCUUGAUGAUCUUGAAAUUUGGAGAGGGAGAACAGAAAGAGAAUGGCAGAAGAAAAAUACAGGAAUUAAAGUUGGGAAAGGCAGUCGCUAAAAAGCAGGUGUUGUUGCUCUCUUCUCUUUGGGUGGGAAACUCAUGGGAAGUCUCUCCUGAGUUCGUCUGGCGUAUCACGAUUUAUUUCUGUUUCAAUUUCAAGGCAUUUAUACCUUGUUUGUUUACACCAGUCUGCUCUCAGGCGACAGCUCCAUUUUCCCUCUGUGAUCAAUCUUCCUGAUUGAUAACUAGUCUAUUACUCCAAAGAGUUAGUGCGGUUCUUGGCGGAGAAACCUCCAGAGCCACAGGUCACAACGCCAUUUUUCCCGGAAGUCCGGGAAAUAUGCACUUGUAUUAAAGAUGCCUCUCUGAACUAUGAAGGGGGAUGGCUGGCCGCCUCUCAUGCUGAUUCAGCAACCUCCAUCUAUACAUAUUCGGUAGCCUCAUUCCCUGGAGAAUAUAUUUGCCCUGGAGAAUAUAUAUAAUUGUAAACUGGUACUCUCUCCCUGAGGUAGUCAAAAGGUGGAGACAGGUGUACCUAACCUCUUUGCAGUCGUGAAACACAAACUUCAAACACAAAUGCUUAUAUUCACGAGCCCUCCUCUGGGGAAAAGAGGGUGGUGGUAUAUAAUAGCUUCUGUCUCAUCAUAUCUGCACAACAGCCCUGUGAGGUAAACUAGACUUAGAUAUACUGCUUUGCCAAAGGACACCUGAUUUGCUGCAUGGCUGAGCAAACAUUUGAACCCAGACCAGUGUUCCCUCUAACAGGGAUUCCCAGAUGUUGACUACAACUCCCAUAAUCCCCAAGCAAAAGCUAUUGCAGCUGGGGAUUCUGGGAGUUGUUUCAACAACAUCAGGGAAUCCCUGUUAUAAGGAACAAUGACCCAGACCUUCCCAUUCCAAAUCAAACACUUUCUGCACUACACACGGCAUUAGCUCUCCACAUUUGAAAGCAUACUAGCAUAUUACCUAGAGGUCAGGGCAAUCUGGUGGCAACACCAUCCCAUCCCCAACCAAGGAACUUGAGACUGACAGGCUAUGUCCAGCUUCACUGUGGCUGCAUUGCCUUGGGUUCCGAUCGCCUGGCUUUGUGGAGUUUGAUCUAAAGAGGUAACCUUAACCCUGGUCUCAAACAGCAGGUUUUUCAGCCGCUGAAAAUAGAUAUCAAUUCCUUCACGAAUCCUUAUAUCUGAGGAACAGAGAAGGAUUAGAUAAUUACCAAAAAAAACAACAAACCCCACCUUGGAGAAUAAAAGUAUGAAGUUUCAGGUGAAGUGGUUACAGUAGUGAGAAGGAGCCAUAUGAGUAUCUAGCGGCUUUUCCUCCAGCGCUGAGGUGGAGGAUCUGGGAGUGCCGUGAUCUGUUUCCCUUCCUGAGGUUCAUCAUUCAAUAUUUCAGAGUCAACCUGACAUCUGGACUCCGCCUGCAGAAAGACCUCCUAGAUUGGACCAAUGCCUGUCUAGUGCAGCGCUGACCAAUCAGGGUCCUACAGGAAGUAGGACAAGACUGCUACAGCCCAACCCUGUUGUGUUUCUGCAGAAUCUGCUAGUCAGAGCGGGUUUCUAAAUAGCCACUCACCCACUUUCGCAGAGUUUGCAAGCAUCACUCUGGAUCCGGCCACAGCACAUCCCCAGCUCAUCCUGUCUGAGGACUGUAAAAGCGUGAGAUGUGGAGCCAAAGACCAAGAUCUGCUAUGCUAUCCUGAGAGAUUUGACAAAAGGCUUUUUGUGCUGGGGUGUGAGGGCUUUACAGCCGGCAAACAUUACUGGGAAGUCAGCGUGGGAGGUGAAGAGGAAUGGGCGGUGGGGGCUGCCAGAAACACUCUCAGCAGAAAGGGCUAUGUUGACUUUAGUACUCAGGGAGGGAUCUGGGCUGUGGGGAAGUGGGACGGUGGGCUCUGGGCCUACAACCACCCUUUCUACACUCCUCUCUCCCUGAGGGAGGAGCCCAAGAGGAUCCGAGUAACUUUGAACCAUCUUAUGGGGAGUGUGGCCUUCUUUGAUGCGGAUUCCGGAGCCUUGAUCUAUAUCUACACAGCAGCCUCAUUCUUAGGGGAUAUCAUUGUCCCUCUCUUCCGGGUGUCUGAAGAAGCCCAGCUGACGAUCUCUCCCUGAGGAAGCAGGAACAUGGAGACAGCCGGAGAUAAGUUCAAUGCAACUGGGAGGCGUGUCCAGCUUCCUGCCCAAAACUGGGCUCAGGGGAAAUGCUUAAUUGCAGUUGGAGAGGGGCUAGAUUUACAUAGCACCAAUUAGCCAGCUUUCACAUCAGUCAUGGAGGAAUCUCUUCUUGAAGUGGAGUUUUGCACAACAUUGACUGGCUGGCCUUUGUGUCAGGGAUCCACCUUCCCUCUUUACUAAGCCCAUCUGAAAAUGCAGAAGGGGGCAUUAAACAACGAAUAUAGCUUUGAACGAACCUUUUGAUCAGACAGUCGUGUCAGGUGAUAACGGCAGGGAAGGAGCAGAGCUCUUCUUGCAGAAAACUCCCCCAAACCUACCACUGCAUUUAUGCCUCUCUGUCCGUCUCCAGCCUUCCCUAAGGCAGCCACAUCUACCUCUCAGACCCUUCUGGGUUUAUUCUCCAGACCAGCAGGAUCAGUUUUUUAAGAAGCAAUCUGCUGGUCAAGAUGUGCCUUUGGCCUUUAGACACAAAGGCCUCUAAAAGCCAGAGGCACCGAAGCUAACUCAGUCAAAUGGAGUCAUCUUUCCCUAUGCUGGAAUUCCUUAUGUUUUAAAGAGGCAGUAACACAUUGACACUCAAUGCUGGUUGUUUCAUGCCAUGGCAUCAUACUGGUCAUCUCUGGGAGCUUCAUGAGCCUCAGCCCUAGUGGCAAUUCCAUUUCAUUUUCCAUGCCACCAGCUGGGGAGAUGCAUCAAACAAAACAAACACCCCAAAGUCUUCCAAAGGGGGGCAUCUUGAAGUGGGGAUCCUGGCUUGGAAUGGUGGUGAUUAGACCCAGCCAAUCCAGGGAGUGUUGUUUCAAGGAAAGCUACAGUCAUCUAUUAAGUUGUUCAGUAAGAUGACCUCCAGUGUUUCAUUAAGCAAAUACAUCUGCUAGAUUUUUUUUAAAAAGAGAAGUUCUGUUUAGUAUUUUAUAUGAUGCAUAUGAAGGUAUAUUUAAGGUUUUGUGAUAGGAACUUGUACUAAAGACCUACAGUAUCUUCCUUUUACUCCUAUCUCAUCGUCGGCAAAUGUAUACUGUGCUCACAUUAGUUAAUUUGCUUAAGGGGAAAAAUAAAUCCUGCUUUUUUUACUA